GCCGGGCAUUCUUUUUUCAACGGGUAACGCACAACGCAAGACUUAAAAAUAAUGUAAAACUAAAAUAAUUAUAAGAGAUAUAGGCUGAGAAUUGUGCGUUACAGUUUUUAUCCCAGAAAUAUCUUUUACCUCUUUCUUCGUUAUCGAAUCUCCCGUAGUGGAUAAAUGCCAUGAGUUUACAACAAUAACAAAAUCCUGUGCCUGUAAUCUGUAAUACAAUGAGCAAUCUGACCGAGGCCGCUCACUUGGCAGCAGAAACUGUGCAAUGGUGCAGCCAAGAGGAGAUCGAACGCCGCAUUGCACAGCCCGCGCCGUCGCAGCGAGCUGUGCCGACGCAAGAGGAGCUUAUUCUUAUGCGCAGGGCUCAGCUGGAGCGGCUGCAGGAGGAGGCGCAACACGAACUUCCAAGUAUCACGCCUUGCUUGUGCUGCACGUUUAUGGUGUUCACACUGGUGAUGUCACUGCUGCUGCUCAUCCUCGUCCCCUCGGCCCACGACUGGCCGCUGUACCUGCAUCCAGCCAGCAGGAAGAGUCGCACCACAGAUGCUCCCACGUCGAUCCUUUCCCUGGACACCGAAGAUUACGACAUUACAGCUCUAACGGCACUCACUGGGCCUGCGGAUGUGUUUGCUGAGCAGAACGUCAGUGCUACUGCGCCUGGAUCCGUUUACGAGAAGCCUCAGACCACACUGAUUUUUAAAAUUUAAGGCCAGUGACAGUCACCCUCUUGCGCGCCAUCACUUACCACGCCUUAAAUUUCAACUUAAACUUCAAUCGAAAGCACUUAGCGCGUGUGAAACUGCUUUUUCUAAGUCGCCUUUGCCUUCAUUGAAUUAUAGACUGCGAAAGAUGCCUUUCGUUUAGAAUAAAUGAGCUUUAGGAAACUCUUUCUCCUUGCUAA